AUGGAGUCGUACCGUCAGCACAUGACCCUCAGCUCCAACCCUCUCGUCGUGUUCGUCUUUGAGCAUAACAGCGCCGCCGUGCCUACGUUUUGGGCCCCGCUGCUACGGAACAUCUCGACGGAGCUUGAUGGGUUUGGCAUUGAGGUGGCUGACGUGCCCGCGUCUUCGGAAACUGGACAAUCACUAGUGCAAGCCAUGAACGCUGGCAGCGGCCCUGUCAUCUUAUUUUUCCAAGGCGUCGGCGAUACGCCUGCUGAGGGUGGCAAGGCCUUGAAGCUCCCCAUUGCCUAUCAAGGCAGUAUUGACAUACCGAACAUCCUCUCGUGGAGUCUGUCGUGCAUUUCGUCGUCCGCCACGCAUCGGAUUCACAACGAUGUCGAUCUCGCCCACUUCUUCGCACAGUACCCCCAGUACCCCACGCUCCCGCAUGUUCUCUACUUUCCUUCCAAGAGUUACACCCCAGGCGGCUACCUCGCUCUCAGCCAUCGCUUCGCCUCCGACGCUGUGUUCGGUGUCGUGCCGAAUGCAUUCACGGCGCCAAACGCGACCAUCAUCGCGCAGCGGUACAAUAUCACUAGUAAAGACAAUCUACCGGCCCUACUAGUGCUCCACAAGGCCGCAGGGGACGAUAUCGGAGACAGCAACGAGUUCGACCGUGUUAUUCGAAUGCCUGACACGUCCUCCUCCUCGCUUUCCUAUCGGGAGGCGCUAUUGUUUCUCUCGACGCACAUCACGGACACUGUCGCCGCGCUUGUGGCGAAGGCCAAAUCUACGGAAAACCAGCACUUUCUCAAGGUAGCAGAAAGUCGACGCCUCUACAUGAUGACGCAGCUGAUUGAGCGGCAGGUUGAUAUUGCAGAGGAGGAACGGCUGCAGGUAGCACGUGAACCGAUUUUCGUGAAGGAUCAAGCAAGCUGGGCAAAGAAGUGCGUGCAGCUGCCCAAGAAGCACCGUUGUCUCGCUGUAUUUGUCGACUCUACGGACGACUCAGCAGCAAAGGAGAAGGCCGGGGCGGUGCUUUCGACUCUCGCGGUCAGGCUGCUGGAAAUGAUGGGGCUAGAGGCGCAAAAAGUGUCCCUCGUCGUCGUAGACCGGCAAGGAAGCGAUGCCGUGCGCGAGUACUUCGAUGUGGGCCAGAAUGGCUUCCCCGAUGUCCUUUUCCUUUCCUUGGACCGCCCAGCCAAGUACUACAACUUUGUCGGCGCCUUCUCCGCCGAGGGCCUGAUGCAGUUUGUGGCGUCUCAUGAUGCGCACCUGGCAAAGAAGGAGGUUUCAGGCGGACACAUCUUCAUUCCGCGUAUGGCGCCAAAGCUGGAGGAAGCGCCGGCGAUGCCGCACAGCGGCAACGAGGAUGAGGGAGAUUUGUAA